AAAAAUCUCAGUCUCUGUCUGAAGCUCUCACACACAAAUCUCUAUCUCAUUAGUUCGUCUUCUUCUCAUUCUAUCGAUUUCAUUCUCGAUUCUUUGUGUAUCUCAGUCUCGCGAAGGAACACAGCAAAUCUAUCUAGCUCGAACCCACAAAUCUCUCUCGAACCCACAAAUCUUCAGUAUCUCAAACCCAGAAAUCUUCAGUCUCUAGAACCCAGAAAACCUAAAUCCAGCUUCCCCUUUAACUCGAUUUUCACUUUCCAAGUCUUGGAAACAAAAUCCCUACUGAAUCGAGUUUAUGCAAAGGUAAAAUCGGGUCUUUCUUGUUAACAAUAAACCAGAUACAGCUUUUAUGUUUGAUUUUUAGUAAUUUAGGGUUCUAGCUUGCAUGUUGUUUUGAUGUGUUUCGAUUGGGUUUACUAUUUUGCAGGAAGGUUUUGUUUAAUUCAAGUUCUUCUAGUGUCAAGCUCAAGUUAAGCAAAAGAGAAUAACAUCUAGCAGGUAAUUGAGUACAAUGGAAACUGUACCAAACAGGAAAACCCGUCGCAGUAAGCGCCAAGUAGGCCUUGAAGCGAGUCCAGCAGUGUCACUAACACAGAAAAAGAAACAAAAACCAGGGCCUGCAGUGAAUACUGUAGAUAAGGAUGGAGAUAAAACUGCAGAGAAUGAGAAAGCAAGAGAAUCACUUGACACAGAAAAUGAUCAAAUGCUUGAUGAAGAAGCAGAAGAAAACUCACAACAUGAAGAAGAAGAAAUCAAUCCUCCUUCCAACCAAAGCGGCUCUAAUGCUUCUGAGUCACAAACUCAACAGUCUAGUAACAACAAAAAAAAGACAAGAGGUCCAACUAGAAUGCGCAAACUUGGAAAGAGUAGUGAUGAUAAGGUAGAAGUGGACUUUAAUGCUAUAGGUAAUCAUGUUGGACGUGGAUCAGUUAGACUAUCAUCCUUUGUUGGUAUCAUUGUGAGAGAGCAUGUGUCAGUACUGCUAGAUGACUGGAGACAUCUAGAUGUAAGGACAAAAGAGAUGAUGUGGGAAGAAAUCCAGGGGAGGUUCAAUUUAAACGAAGAUUGGCACAAAAGAGUUAUCUUAGGUCAGAUGUGUAAUUUGUGGAGGUCUUCUAAAUCUCGUCUUGUUGCCAAAAUUCGGAAUCUUAAAAGCAAGUCUGAAAUACUGGAACUAAAGCCUACCAAUAUCCCAUGUGCAUCGGCUUGGAUGAGUUGGGUGAAGAGCAAACAAAGCAAGGCUUUUCAGGAAAAAAGUGAGAUAUUCAGGAAGAUGAAGCAAGGUCAAAUUCCGCAAACCACCAGCCGCAAAGGCAUGGCUCGAUUAGAAGAUGAAAUGAAAAAAAAGAGUUCUGAGCCUAGCAAAGUUACUAGAAGUAAGGUGUGGAUUGCAGGACAUACACAUUCUGAUGGGAGACCUGUUAGGGAAGAAUUUGCAGAAACUAUUGAAAAGAUUAAGGCGAUAGAUAGUGAAAUUGGUUCAACAUCCACUGAUAAUGUUAGGGAAGAUGCUGUGAGUAAGAUUGAUCAUGGUUCCAAAUCUGACUUAAGUGAUGUUAGCAAAGGAGGAGUUAGGUGCCAGAUACUGAAUUGGCAGUUAGAUGGGGAUGUGGUUGUUGGAGAAGGAGAAUUCUGCUCCUCUGAACACACAUAUAAGAUUGGUCGAAUUCCAUUAGGUCCUAAUGCAGCUGCUGUGCUUGUGAAUUCAGUAUCAGACAAAACAGCAUCUCUUUGGAGACCACUCAGUCAAACUAUUGUUUCUCUUCAUCAAGCUAUAGGAAUGAAAGUUGCAUGGCCCUUUGUGAAGAUUAUAUUGGAUGAUGACGCAACGCAACCUCCUGAUACUAUGAUGUCUGAGGAACCUGCUGAAGAAGUAGGACUAGUUGAUAUCUAUGAGUAUUGGAGAGAAGAUGAUGAAGUGAUUGCUCAGGGUAUAUUGAUAUCAACUGACCCUUCACAAUUGGUUAAUGGUAUGCCUCUGGGACUAAAGGCUGCAACUGUUAAGAUCACGUUGGUGGUUAAACCUGAUGCCUAUCUAUGGAGACCAACCACUGAAAUCCCCUUUAUGGCUGAUGCUCUCAAUGAGACCAUUGCAUGGCCUUUUGAUAGGUUAAAACAACAGGUUCAACCUGAAGACGCAAACAGGAAAUCACCAAUGGAGGAAGCAACUACAAAAUCAGUAGAGAAGAGUGGUAGUCCUAGCACUGGUAGUAGCGGCAAAGGUGGGAAACCGAAGUGUGCUCUUAUGGAUAUUGGAAAUUCUGGUCAGAGAGUUGCAAUAGGUCGUGUGUAUUCCAAUGAUCCAGCUGAUACGGUCCAUUGCAGACCGUUAGGUCCCAAUGCUAGCAAGGUCUUGGUAGAGAUUCCGAAGGUUAAUGAUGCACGAGUGUGGAGAGCAAGUCCUGAAUUUGAAACAAUAGCUGAUGCAGGAGGAACAUUUGUGGCUUGGCCUAAUGAGAAGAUUAUAAUGCUGUGAGUGAGAGACAUCUUUGAAACUUGUUAUCUUACUACUUUAAACUUGUUAUCUUAGUACUUUAGACUUGUUAUCUUAGUACUGUUUAAUA